UCAAGUACUGUUGAUUAACUUGUUUCUGUUUCUCUCUACCUGUACUGUACUAAAGACAAGAAAGAUUUACUUUACAGCAGAGCAAUAUGAAGGAAGCUAUCAUUCACGCAGGACCCAAGGUCGAGAUUAGGGACGCGCCGAUACCGAAAGCAGGACCGCAUCAGGUUGUGACGAAGAUUGUGUAUUCUGGCAGUAACCCAAAAGACUGGAAAAUACCACAAUGGAUGCCACAGAUUCCUGUGAUGAACCAAGGCGACGAUUUCAGUGGUUAUGUCCACGAGGUAGGAGAGGGUGUGACGGAGUUCAAAAAGGGCGACAGAGUCGCUGCAUAUCAUGAGAGCUUCAAACCAGGUGGCAGUUACGCAGAGUACGGCUUGAGUCCAGACCAUACCACGUUCUUCCUCCCAGAGAGGACCACUUUCGAGGAAGGUGCAGCCAUUCCUCUCGCAGCCUUGACAGCAGCAGUGGGUCUCUUCGCCUCCGAGAAUCUCAACCUCCCGCAGCCCACCAACCCCGCCACUGAGCCCAUUCCUCUCGUCAUCUACGGCGGCUCCUCAGCAGUCGGCUCCUACGCCAUCCAAUUUGCCCAGCGAGCCAACAUCCACCCCCAAAUCAUCGUCGCCGGUCGCGCACAAGCCCACGUAGAAAAGUUGAUUGACCGCUCCAAGGGCGACACUAUUGUGGACUACCGCAACGGCAAUGAGGCGGUAGCGCAAGGUAUCAGAGAUGCACUCCAAGGUGCCAAAUUAUACUACGCAUACGAUGCUGUGACGGAUGGUACCAGCUGGCAAAACAUUGCAAAAGUGCUCGAGCCCAAUGGUAAUAUUACUCUGGUAUUGCCCGCCGAGGACUAUCCUGGAAUUCCAGAGACUGUGAAAAAGACAAUGACAUCUGUUGGAGAUGUGCAUGGCAGUAUGAAGGAUUUGGGUUUCGUAUAUUCGAGGUUGAUCACACGAGGCCUGGAAGAGGGUUGGUUCAAGGCACAGCCACAAGAGGUGAUUCCCGGUGGUUUGGGAGGAGUUGAGAAGGGUUUGAGUCUGCUCAAGGAUGGGAAGGCGAGUGCUGUCAAGUAUAUCUUCAAGAUUGAGGAUACCGAAGGUGUGGGGAAGGAUUGAGUAUAACAUCGGUUUUGCAACGUGCGUAUAUAGCUAGGCUAGCUAUCGACUGCGAAUUAUAGUGUAU